AAUGCAAGCAUUAUCUAAAUAACCUCUACAUCUUUUAUUUGGAUUUCAUAGGCCAUAACAUAAAAAUGUUAUUUCGAUUAUUGAUUUGGUUAUUAAAGAGUUACAACAAUCAAAAACAGAGUAUCUGACAAUCUAUUAUCAAUUUGGAAUUUUGUAUUAAUGA